CGUGAAACCGUGUAAGAGAGGAGUGGAGCCUGUUAGUGGACCUGUCUGUGUGCACAGGUGCUGUCGCAGGUUUUGGCUUCUGGACGCUUGCUGCAACACUGUCGCGCACUUCUCCAAGACAGGUCAGUGUGUAGCGGUCCAUGCAGUGAAAGUGGCCACCCAGCCGCCGGCAGAUUGUGCAUUGUAGUGUUACAGGCCCGUUAGAAAUUAGUUGUUUUGGCCUCAGAGAACUCAAGACUGAUGGCCGGCUUCAGUUUGGCGCUUUCCUUGCUGCUGUGCGCCUCUGUGGCGCAAGGCAAACCGACGCUGAGAAAAGAGAGAGUUAUCCAUGACCCAGAACUGAUCAGGAAAGCCCACGAAGACAAUAAGAGCUUCCAAUACGACCAUGAGGCCUUUCUGGGCAAAGACGAGGCCAAAACGUUCGAUCAGCUCACCCCCGAUGAGAGCAAGGACAGGCUCGGUAAAAUCGUGGAGCGAAUAGACAGCGACGCAGAUGGCUACAUCACCACGGCUGAACUCAAGGCGUGGAUAAAACGCGUGCAGAAGCGUUACGUGUAUGAGAACGUCGCAAAAGUGUGGACGGACUACGACCUGAACAAGGACAACAAAAUUUCGUGGGACGAGUACAAGCAAGCCACGUACGGCUACUACCUCGCAAACCCGGAGGAGUUCGAGGAUGCCACCGACCAGUUCAGCUUCAAGAAGAUGCUUCCUCGUGAUGAGAGGAGGUUUAAAACUGCUGACCUGAACGGGGACCUGGCGGCAGACAGAGAAGAGUUCACGUCCUUCCUGCACCCCGAGGAGUUUGAGCACAUGAAGGAUAUUGUGGUUCUGGAAACUCUGGAGGACAUUGACAAGAACGGCGAUGGACAUGUGGAUGAGGACGAGUAUAUUGCUGACAUGUUUGCCCAUGAGGAUGGUGGUCCAGAGCCAGACUGGGUCAGGACUGAGAGGGAACAAUUCUCUGACUUCCGGGACUUGAACAAAGACGGAAAGAUGGACCAGGAUGAAAUCCGCCACUGGAUUAUGCCACAAGACUACGACCACGCCCAAGCUGAGGCCAGACAUCUGGUGUACGAGUCCGACCAGGACAAGGAUCAAAUGCUGACUAAAGAGGAGAUUCUUGAGAAUUGGAACAUGUUCGUAGGAAGUCAAGCCACCAACUAUGGAGAGGACCUCACCAAGAACCACGACGAGCUUUGAGUUCUUACUGCAGCUCCGCGUGUUGAGGAUUGUCUAACACUUUUGUCGAGAAAAGACAGAUUCACAGACUCUUGCACUUCCUCCUACAAACUUUCCAUCCUUUCCUUGUGACAGUGGUACCGUGUGUUGGAUUUAAAACCAACACUGCAGAUACCAAAUGAGAGGACAGAUUGAUACCUGUUACUGACACUAAGGGUCUGGUUAGGUCUUUAUAUCGAUGGUUCUGUUUCUGACAUUCAGGAGCAAAGCCAGACCUGGUUGACUUAACUUUCCAUCAAUGGUGCCUUCCAGCCGCAUCGCCGGCUUCGCUGCCUCAGAGAUUUGUGUUGAGCCUUUAGUAAACCCCGUCAAAGCCGAAUGCCGAGAAUUUGUCAGACACAGGAAUCAUCUUUUGAUGACGAUGUUAAUGUGAAGCCACAGCUAGGAACAUUUAUUCAGAUUUUAUUUAUUUAUCGAAUAUCUUCUGGACUUUAGGUUUGAGAUGGACACAGUGUUCAUGUAGAGAUCUUUUUAAAACUGAAAACACAUGCGUUGUUUCUUUGUUUACAGUCUUCCUGGCGUUAAGACAUUUUUCUAUCCGUGAACUGGUUUAAGAACUGUUGAUGAACUGAUGUUUAAUGGCAUGUUUUUUGCACGUGUUUCGUUUUAGUGUAGCUAGUGAACAACUGUUUUCCUCCUUAUUUAGUUUGUAUUUAUUGGUAUACUUUAGGCCAACAUUGUGUUCCAUGUUCUUUUUUUUUCUUUUUUUUUUACCUUUGAUGAUGUUACAUUUGAGCUUUACCAGUUUACAGCUGUCAGUUGAAUUCAAGUACUCUGUUAGCUUGAACACAAUAAAGGAGGGAGUACAAGUUUCCUCAUUUCCCACUUGACUCCUGUUACACUAGUCCAUUUUUUUUUAACUGCACUUGGCAUUGUAUAGAUCAAUCUGCUGUCUUUGAACAUCAGAAUUUUGUCUUUUUAUCGUGUGCUCUAUUAAAAUGAGAACAACGCAGCUUAUGAGAAUAACACAUCGUUGCCGAAACCCCCCUUAUUCUGUGGUGGAUACGUCCUUGUCCCAAACGUCUGCAUACCACUCAAACAUAAACAUAUGUGACAAACAUUUCAAGCUUUGUCGAAAUUAAAAAAAGGAAGAAAAUAAA